AUGAUGGCGGGUCCCAACCAGGGCCAGAAGCCCGGCUUCUUCGCCGAGUGGCCCGUGCUAGAGGCCGAGAUCAGGGCCUACCUCGACGAGCGAGAGGCGGGAGACCCCGAGAAGGGCGGCGGGGGCGUCGAGGCAAAGGGGGCGGGGGGCACCUUGCUCAACUUUCUCUCCGUGAACCCCACUCAGAUGGCCCUGGAGAACGAGCCCGACAGGGACGAGUGGGACGGGGAGGUGAACGUGCUUUCGUACAGCGAGCUGACGAGGUACGGGUAUGGAUACCUUAUCGAGCCGAUGAUGAAAAUCGGAGGGUACGUGGCGGCCUCUGAGAGAAUGGGCAUCGACUUAAACGCUCGCACGCUCAAGGACAACGAGUACUACGAGAGAAUAAAUCCGACGGUGGGCUUGGACAUACAGAAGAAGGCCGACAAGGACGGCUUCCUAACGCUCGGAAGUGCGAAAGAGGAAAGGUUGAACAGCGUGGCGAAUGUCAGCCGUGAGGACCGAAGAAAGUCUCUCUUCGAGAAGCAAGCCAUGAUGGACAUGAAGACAAAGGCGGAAAAAGCGGCCACAAAGAAGUCCAGGGCCCUGAACACCAGCAGGAAGGUGCCCGUCAACCUGGGGGGCAGAAGCCAGAAAGAAGUGGACGAAGAAAUUUUCCGCAAGCCGGGGCUUACCGCGGAACAGAGGGAUAUUUCGGAGUGGGUACCUGAGGUGCGCGCGGAGGACGCUCUUCCAGCCCAGCCGCUGUUGCUGAAUUUCGCUCAAAGGGCGAACGCGGUGGCGGUUUGCGGGUGUCUUUCCCUUGCGUUCGGGAAGGGUACCUUGGACGCGCUGGAGACAGGGCUUCUACCGCGAGAUGUUGCGGAGGCGGCGGUGCCGGUGAGUCUGUUCCUGCUGGGGCUGAACGUGGCUAGCGCUGCAGCGGGGGCAUCGAUCGCGAAGAACAAGGGGCGCUCGGUGCCGCUGUGGGUAUUCAAGGGGGCCUUGGCGGGACUGACGAGCGUGUUGGAGCUGAAGGGGCUUCCGGAACUUGUUCCUCUUGGUAGUAGUAGUAGUGCUAGUGCAGGUCCGCAGCCAUCCGGCGGGGCGAGCGACAGAAGCAGCAGUACAUGA